AUGAUGAAACGUAACAUUACUUUACUAUGUACUCCGACAACCCCGAAGCGACGAAGACUUGGCGUAAGUAAAGUUAAAUUAACUCAAAGGAGAGACCAUAACUUUGUUUCUCCGGGAAAUGUACGUGUAAACGCAGUAGACAACUGUGAUUCACCACCGUUACCAUGCAAUCAAGUGGAAUAUUUGUGCGAUUCAGAAAGUAAUAGUUCUCUUUCAAGCGAUAUUCCUGGCUCGCCCGGCGUUCUGGAAACAUGUAAUAUCUUAGAUAAUAUAGAAAACUGGAAGUCCUUCGUUGAUCCUAAGAGUUCUAAAGAUGAUAACGUAGUUAGUACAACAGAAGAUGUAUUUGACGACACAUUUAAUUACAACUUAUUUAAAAAAGAUCACUACAGUGAGGAAAUCAAAGAAAGUUUUAACGUUAUAAAUCAAUCAAUAUGUAAUAAUGAAACUCUUUUUGACACUGAAGAUUCAUUUUUACUUGAUAUAAGGGAAAGUGGUAUUGUAAAUAAUAAAUGUGAAAUUGGUGAAGUAUCUAGUCAAGUGAACGGAAAAAGUGAAUUAAGUAAUAGUUUUUAUGGCUUGCCUAAGAUAGCUAGAGGUCUAUUUAAAACGUACCGGAAUAUAGAAACGUUUUAUGAUUGGCAGGAAGAAUGUUUAAAUUUGAAAGCAAUAAAAGACAGGCAGAAUUUAAUCUAUGCAUUACCUACAAGCGGUGGAAAGACAUUAGUUGCUGAGGUCUUGAUGCUGCGUGAAGUAUUAAUAAGGAGAAAAAAUGCUCUAUUUAUUCUGCCUUUUGUAGCUAUUGUUCAGGAAAAGAUAUGGGCCUUAUCCCCAUUUGCAAUACAAUUAGACUUCUUAGUGGAAGAAUAUGCAGCUGGCAAAGGUCAUUUGCCUCCAAAGAAAAGAAGAAAGAAAAAUAGUAUAUAUGUAGCUACAAUUGAAAAGGGUUUGGCUUUAGUUCGAAAUUUGAUUGAGUUGGAUAGACUUAAUGAGAUUGGUUUGAUUGUGGUAGAUGAAUUGCAUUUAAUAGGAGAGUCAGGUAGGGGAGGAACCCUAGAAACCCUCUUGACUACAGUCAUCUUUGCAAAUAAGGGUAUACAAAUAGUGGGUAUGAGUGCAACUAUAGGCAAUCUACCCGACUUAGCCACAUUUCUGCAAGCAGAAGUAUUCCAAAGACAGUUCCGUCCAGUGGAACUGACAGAGUAUGUGAAACUAGGAAGUGUCCUUCACAGAAUUGUUUGGAGUUCAAAUGGAAUGGAAUUGGUUCCUGAUAGACAGUUGGCUUUUAAUUACACAGAAGCGGGAUGCAGGUUGGACCCCGACAUGGUAGGCGGUCUAGUUAGUGAAGUUGUGCCCCGCGAUAGCUGUUUGGUGUUUUGUCCCACGAAGCGUAAUUGCCAAAGCGUCGCGGCUCUGCUUUGCAAUAUGCAACGGAGUGAAAUGUCAACACACCGCGCAACAGAACGGAUCGCGCUACAGAGCGCGUUACGAGCAGAGGGUUCCACCACCGAUCUGUUACGUUGCGUUCGCGCAGGAGUUGCGUACCACCAUGCUGGUUUAGCUGCUGACGAGAGGUGCUUGCUGGAACAAGCUUUUAGAUCUGGAGUUAUAUCAGUUCUCUGCUGUACAUCGACGUUAGCAGCCGGCGUUAACCUACCCGCGCGCCGUGUCAUAGUCCGCGCGCCUCUUGUUGGUCGAGAAUUAAUUUCGCUCUCGUCCUAUCGACAAAUGGUCGGACGAGCUGGCCGUGCGGGCGUGUGUGAUGCAGGCGAGAGUAUUAUAAUUUGUGGCGAUCAAUAUUGGCCGCGACUUCGGUCCGUUUUCUCGGGAGGCCUUCCACCGGUUCGGAGUCAGCUACAGCAAUGUGUCAGCGGCCUCUUAUUGAGCGCUGUUGCCUUAAAUCUUGCACCAGAUAUUAGGAUGUUAAAGGAUUUGUUACGAUAUACUUUGAUGACUAAGACCGAACAAACUCUCGACAUAGAAGAAGUUUGCGAGGAUAACUUGCGAAGUCUUUUGAAGAAUGGCGCUUUGGAACUAGUUGGGAAGAUGGAUCACACCACUGAAGAUCUCAAAAAUAAUGAACUGAAGUUGGCUGUGAGCACACUUGGAAAAGCGGCUAUAAAGAGUUGUUUAGAGCUGGGCGUGGCCCGUCGUUUCCUCGAGGACGCCCAUAAAGCGUCCCACGGCGUGGUCCUUCUGGGCAGUUUGCAUUUGCUAUACCUGGUAACACCACAAGACGCGGCCCAGGUGCGCCCCGACUACCGCCACUACUACUCGCUGUAUUCCGCCUUCGACGACGAGGCAGCGCAAACUGCGAAGAUCCUUGGCAUCACAGAGAGAAACGCCAUUAGGAUGAUGACUGGGAAACCUAUCACGAAUAUAUCUGAAAACGUAUUGAACCGCUUCUACCUCGCCCUGAUGCUGCGCGAUCUUUGGAGGCUGAUGCCGGUCUCGGUGGUGGCUGACAAAUACAACAUAUCCCGCGGCACAGUACAAUCCGUGAUGACGUCAUCGUGCUCGUUCGCAUCGAGCGCGGAGCGUCUCUGCGAGGAAUGGGACUCGCUGUGGCCCCUGCGCGCCCUCUUUCACGAGCUAGCCACGCGGCUAAGAAACUGCGCCAUGCCUGAGUUGGAACACCUGAUGGAACUACCCGCAGUCCGCAAGGCUCGAGCUAUGCAACUGUACCGUGCGGGUUACAAACGCGUGGAGGAAAUAGCCCGCGCCAACGUCGACCACCUCACCUCCUCGGUCCAACAUCUAUCAAGAGCUGCAGCACAACAUCUCAUCAGUGCUGCGCGGAUGAUGUUAAUAGAAAAAGUGGAGAAUUUACGCGCGGAAGCGGAAGACGUGAUGGAAGAAUUGAAGAUUUAA